UGGGUGAUAAUGUCACUAUUGAGUGCUACUUACCCAAUAGAGAUUUUAACAAUAUGAUGUGGUACAAGCAGGAGAUAGGAAUGAAGCUUCAACUCAUUUCAAAAAGUUACAUUUACCUGACAAAGGUUGAAUUUACUGAUGGAUAUAAUGAUGGUCGUUUUAAUGUAACUAUAGGUAAAGGCAUUUAUCAUUUAAAUAUUUCCUUGACAAAAAAGGAAGAUAUAGCAACAUACUUUUGUGGAGUGAUAACUUUAGGAGAACUGUCUUUUGGACCUGGAACAUUUUUGACACUUUACGAAGAGCACAACUCAACAAUGGUUCUUCAGAAGCCUAUUUCAGAUAAAGUUGACAUUGGAGACAACAUUACGCUCACAUGUAUAGUCCAAAUGGUAGAUGAGAAAUGUGAAGGAGGACACCAUGCUUACUGGUUCAGAGAGGCUGCAGAAGAAUCCAGUCCUGGCAUCAUUUACACUGAUGGAGAUGUGAGGAAACAUGGAGAGAUCUGUAAAGAUGAUUCUGCUAAACAAUCCUGCGUUCACACCCUUACAAAGAGGAACCUCAGCCUUUCUGAUGCUGGUACUUAUUACUGUGCUGUUCUCAUGUGCGGAAAGAUCAUGUUUGGAAAUGGAACUAAUCUGGAAUUCAACUCAACGCCCGAUAGCAAGUUGACAACUAGUCCUUUGUUUCUCCUAUUGGUGUCAUCAAACAUAAUUUCUAUGAUAAUAAUGAUCUCACUCGUGACUGUGAAAUGGAAAGACCAAGCCAGCUCAUCAGUUUCUUGA